AUUUUCCUCUGCAAAACACAAUGAACUCUCUCACCCUUUAACUGGACCUCAUAGCCACCUCAACUUCCUCCCAGGAAGCCAUCCAUCAACCCACCCAACCCUGAACCGCGCCUCCAGCCACCACUCCCAAAAAUGAACACCAUCGACGCAACAGAGCACUACUCAACCAGUGCCCACGACCGACCCCCCUCCCUCCUAACCGUCAUCCUCGACACCAACCCGCACGCCUGGGCCCAACUAAGCAGCCAAUCCGCCCUCCCCCUCUCGACAGCCGUCGCCAACAUCCUCGUCUUCCUCAACGCCCACCUGGCCUGCAACUACGCCAACGAAGUCGCCGUCGUCGCCUCGCACACCCAAAAGGCCACAUGGCUGUAUCCGGUCGCCGCCGCCGCCGCCGCUGACCCAAACCAACCCCCCGGCGACAAGGACGGCGACACGCCCAUGCUCCCGCAGACGCAAAACCGACCCCCGCCGCCCCACGAGAUGAACAAAUACCGCCCCUUCCGCAUCGUCGAAGAACAAGUCACCCAGAACCUGCACCGGUUACUCGGCGGCACCACGGCCGACGAUCUCUCCGCGACGACCUCCACCCUGAUGGCGGGGGCCUUGACGCUGGCGCUGAGCCACAUCAACCGCCGGACGAUCGCCUGGGCCGAGGCGCACGGCGGGGAGACGGAUCCCAACGCUCACGCCAACAACAACAACACCACCACUAGUACCAACACAGCUGGAGGCGGCGCCGCCGCCGCCGCAUCUGGUGGGGACAAGGCUAGCACCGAAUCCGGCCUGCAGUCGCGCAUCCUCAUCCUCAGCGUCAGCAGCGCCACCGGCGCCGCGCACCAGUACAUCCCCAUCAUGAACGCCAUCUUCGCCUGCCAGCGCCUGCAGAUCCCCAUCGACGUGUGCAAGCUGGCCGGCGACGCCGUCUUCCUGCAGCAGGCCGCCGACGCCACCAAGGGCGUGUACAUGGCCCUCGCCGAGCCCCGGGGGCUGCUCCAGUACCUGAUGAUGGCGUUUCUGCCCGACCAGCGCUCCCGCCGGCAUCUGAUCCUCCCCACGCGCGUGGAUGUCGAUUUCCGCGCCGCGUGCUUCUGUCACCGCCGCGUCGUGGAUAUCGGGUUCGUGUGCUCGAUCUGUUUGAGUAUCUUCUGCGAGCCGUUGGAGAAGGGCGAGUGUUUGACCUGUGGGUCCGUGUUGGAGAUGGGCGACUACGGGGCCAAGCCGGCGGUGGUCGCCCGGAAGAAGAAAAAGAAGAAGGUUCGUGGGCCGGGCAAUGGGGCCUCGGCCACGCCUACACCGACGCCGACACCUGGUCCGUGA